ACAAAUUUUUGUACUAAAUUCAGCGUGAAAAUGAAUGAUCAUAUAUUACGUAUACCGUGCUAUAUGUACAUAUUGACGUUUAGUUCCAAUAUUGGUGAAAGAGGGCGUUGAAUUAGAUCAUUUCUACUCGCUGACACUGUAGGGAGUUACGUAGUUUUUGGCCCAUGGUACCGUUCUUCAUUCCUUAAAUCAAUUAAAAUAAGAUAUUUCGUUCUUGUUUUACGAUGUCUCAGCCACAAAAAUCAGGGGCCGAAGAAUCAUUUCUUUUUCCGUUAACAAAACAUGUUAGGUUCGGUGAUUACCCUGCUGAAUACAAUCCAGAUCAACAUGGACCAUACAACCCUGCCCGAUACUACGGAAAACCUGAUACACCAUUUGGAGAUGUUAAGCUUCGUGAAUUACCAGCAUGGAUUGGACGACGUCAAAAGGGUCCCAGGGAAAUAGCAGGAUUAUUUUCUCGAGCUUUCUGGCGUUGGCAAAUGGCAUGGGUACAGCCAAAAAGAGCAACGGCAGCUCCAUACUACCAAGUGUUAGUUGCCGGUUCCUUAUUCUUUUAUGCUAUUAAUUAUCUACGUAUAAGGGGCCACAGGAGCUACAAAUAUCAUUAAUAUAUAUAUUAUUGGAAAUAUAUUCAGUCAAAAUAGAACACCGCUAUAUUGUAUUAGUUCAUUAAACUUUGCUGAAUAAUUUUGAAAGUUAGUAAAAUAAAUACC